AUACAUUGCUGUCAAGCCCUGCAGGUAGCAGCUGUAGUCCCUCCCCGGGCCAGAGUGAGCGAAGGGUGCCUGGGCUGCUAAAUGCCCCAGCCUCAGAGGGACGAUGGUGGAAGACUGGUAAAGAUGGCGGCGCUCUCCGAGGAUGGGAGGUACGGAUUAAAUUGUGGCCAACAGUGCGCAGACAGAGUCACCGUACUGCACGUCAAAUUGACCGAGACAGCACUCAGAGCCAUAGAGAGCUAUCAAAAUUGUAUGAAUGUACCUUCUUUGCGGCCAACAAUACAAUUCAAGGGACUCCAAGGGCACAUUAAAAUUCCCAAGACCCAUUCCUCCUCGGACGCCUUCCACAAUUUUGAUUUUUAUCUGUCUAAUGUUGGCAAGGACAACCCUCAGGGAAGCUUUGAGUGCAUCCAUCAGUAUGUGUCGAGCUCAGGGCCCUCACGCCUGGCAUCACUGGCGACAGUACAGGACAAGAUCACAGUAUGUGCCACUAAUGACUCCUACCAAGUGACCCGGGAACGCAUGACGCAGGCCGUGGAGGACACACGCGAACGUGGGACCAAAUUCAUCAAGCCUGGGGGCCAGUACAGAGGAAAGCAAGUCCAUAUUCGUAAGCCUGCACCGUCAGCCCCAGAGGUAGUCCCAGAGCGCAAGCGUUCCACACCCAUUAACCCAGCCAACACCAUUCGCAAGUGCCUUUCCAAUAACCCCGUAUCCCAGCGGUCAUUCCGGGACCGCAUCAUACACCUGCUCGCUCUGAGGUCCUACAAGAAGCUGGAAGUGCUUGCUCGUUUACAGCGUGAUGGUAUCAACCAGAAGGACCGAAACUCACUUGGGACCACCCUGCAACAGGUGGCGAACCUGAACCCCAAAGACAACACAUACUCACUGAAGGACUUCAUUUAUCGUGAUGUCCAGCGGCACUGGCCUGGCUACUCUGAAGAUGAGAAGUCCCAGGUUGACCGCAUCCUGGCUCGCAAAUUAGGUGUUCCUACUGAAACGCACUCAUCAAGCAGUUCUCCCAAAGACAGUGUUCCCACAUCCCCCAAGAAGCGUGAGCCAGACUUUGACUUCAUUGAUCCUAGGGUGCCCAAGAAAACCCGCAUCUCCCACCUCAGCAAUCGAGGGCCAGCUGCAUCUUCCUCUGACCACCGUGACAGUGAGGGCAGCCCCAGCUCUAAACACUCGUCCUUGCCCUCCAACAUCGCCUCGGGCCCUCCCACCCAUCUCCCCAUCUCAUCUCACCCUCCUGCACCCUCUCACCAGCAGCCCAGCCCAGCCUCCAACUCUAACUCUCCCAGCACCCCAGAGGGCUGUGGUACACAAGACCUGCCCAUGGACCAGAGUUCCUCCUGCAGAGAUCCGUCACCCAGUCCCUUCUCCUCUGACAGAACCCUGCAGGAGCGUUAUCGGCACCCUGCCCCCGUCCCCAGACCAGCCUCAUCUAUCCCUUCUCCUUGCACCUCGUUCGUCACCAGCUCCACCUUGUUCACCAGUACCCCUGUAAAUAAAGAAAAAAAGAAAUCCAAGAAGCACAAAGAUCGAGAGCGGGAGAAAGGGAAAUGGACUGGUGCAUCAGAGCAGGCUGAGGAGAGUCGUAAAGCCACAAAGACGUGCAGUGCUGAGGAAGUGAACAGAGAAGUUAUCAACAAGAAGCCGCACAAAGAUCAAGACUCUUCAGACAAAGAGAAACCAGUCCAGUCCACUGAAUUCUCUUCCACAGUGGAGAUGCCAGACUAUGUAGUGAAGUACAUGCCGUUGGUGUCUGUGGACCAGCGACAGAGCUACAAAGAUGACUUUAAUGCAGAGUAUGAUGAGUACCGCCACUUGCAUGCCCAUGUGGAGAGCAUCACCCGCCACUUUACCCAGCUGGACGCCCAGUGCCGCAAGCUGGCACCUGGCACCAAAGAGUACCAGAAGGCGCAAGAAGAAGUCUUGAAAGAGUACAAAAAGAUGAAACAACACAGCCCCAACUACCACAAGGAGAAACAGCGAUGUGAGUACCUGCACAACAAGUUGGCCCACAUCAAGCGGCUUAUAGCUGAUUUUGACCAGCGCAGAGCCCAGGCCUGGUGCUGAGAGCAGCGUCUUCAAUGAUCAGUGCUGAAACAGAGUGUUGAACCAGGCGAGGGUGUCCACCUGGCUCUUAUUUAUUAACACCCUAUUCCUUAUUUCACGUUCCCUUCUUCAUUUCUUCCUCCUCUAUCUUGAGUUUUGAUUCCACAGGCUUCUUUGUUGUCUGCAAUUUUGAAAUUCUUACUUUGACUUUUACCCCUGUCUUUUGUUUUCUUGUUUUUUUUUUUUCCCACCUCAAUGAGAUCCUGUGGACUUUCAUACCACUGGAGCAGUGGAAGGAGAUGCCUACAUGUGUGAAGGGGUUUAAGAAUAAACUUAAUCUUUAAAGGACUUUAUUGUGAGGCAAGACAGAACAAAAAAAAAAUUUUUUUUGAGCAGCAGAGGAAAUAUUAACACAUAUUUAAGUAAAAAUAGAAAGAGGGAGAUCUAUUUAUUUCAUACUUGUAGUGCAAAAGAAGAGUCUGCAGAUGAUAUAUUUAACUUUUCUUGGAAACUGCAAAAAAAAAAAGUGCCACAGGCCUUAAGUGUUUUGACUUUGUGAAGCCAUUUUACUUGCGAGAUCCAUUGUCAUCUCACUUAGCAAUGAUGUCUCUACUGGCUCAUUUCCUCUCUUUUCAUACAUACCUGUCCUGGAUAACCUUGCUGAAGAAGGGGGAAGUGAGACAGGAGGAGAAAUCACUUGAGCUAAGUGAGAAGCAACAGUGUGCAUGGAUCUUAAAUUUAGUUGUAAUGGCCAUGUGGGGUAGUGAGGGCGGGGUCCCCUGGGGCCAGUAUUCCCUGCACCAACAGUGUUUAGUGUUCAUGGUGCAUCAUGGGUGCCUUAAAGUGUUUACGCUCAAAUGCGUCACAUUGGGCCGACCCUCAGGGCCCACAGAUUGCACAGAGGAACUACAACUACCUGGAAACAGGUUGUGUGAAUGUGCAUGUCUGAGUGGUGGAAGAGGGAGGGGGAUGUCAAUUCUGGAAGGAGUGUUGUAAAUUCAGUGUGUGUGUGUGUGUGUGUGUGUGUGUGUGUGUGUGUGUGUGUGUUGUCUGU